UAUCGCCUACGCAUGAAACAAUGUGAACAAGGUUAUAUAUUCUUAUAUAAAUAUAGACACUAAGCUUGGCUACUUAAUAAAGUGACUUGGAAACAGAACACUAUUCAUUUCAAAGAUUUAUUAGUCAGUCGAUAAAUACAACCGGAAAAUUCAAAAUACAUGUCAAUGUCUGAGGAAUCACCGAUCACUCACAAAAUUGUCACGGAAUAUGGUUGUGUGAAGAGUGAUAGCAAACUUGACCAGUACAUAGUUGAUCAUUCAUUACGUCUAUCAGAAGCACAAAAAUGGAUAUUGAAGAAGACAAAAGAUGACCCAAGGCAUAUUAUUUAAUGUCAAGUAUAGAAAUGCAAUUGUUGGCGAACUUGUGUUAUGCAAUCAAUGCUAAGAAGACGUUGGAUGUCGGAGUUUAUACUGGAUACAGUGUAUUAACCAUUGCAGAAGCUCUACCUUCCGAUGGAUGUGUAGUCGCGUUGGAUAUAACAGACACUUACCUACAAGAUUAUUGUAUACCAGCAUGGAAACAAGCUGGUGUAGAGAAGAAAAUUGAUUUCCGUUUGGGUACAGCUGUUGAUAUAUUAGAAAAACUCAUCGCUAAUGGAGAAAGUGGAACAUUCGAUUUCGCCUUCAUUGAUGCUGACAAAGAAAAUUACAGUAAUUAUUACCAGUUGUGCUUACAGCUGAUUCGACCACGUGGGAUUAUCGCUAUUGACAAUGUCAUUUGGUCAGAACUUGUGAUCGAUGAAAGUGAUCAAACAUCUGAAACUAUUGGUGUCAGACAGUUGAAUGAUUUAAUUGCUGCCGACAAUGGUGUACGUAUAUCAAUGCUUAAUCUAUCAGAUGGACUAACAAUUGUUGUCAAAAACUGACUGACCAUUAGCCAUUGCGAUGAAUUUAUAUUUUAUGUGCCUAUUGUAGCGUUUUGUAUAUAUAUAUAUAUAUAUAUAUA